CUAUAUCUCCGGCCCCUCAUGCUCCGAUCCAGCCUUCGUCUUCUCCCCAGCUCUCGUCCUAUCCUCUCAAUCCCAUCAUCUUCCUUCCGUCCCCCUACUUUCUCUCAACGAAUCUACAGACCGAUCCCUCAAACAGUCAACAUGUCUGGUGUCACUCCCGUCUCUGCUGCUGGUGCUUGCCCGCCUGCCGGCCCCUACUCCCAAGCCGUCAAAGCCAACGGCCAGGUCUUCGUGUCCGGCCAAAUCCCCUUCGACUCCAACGCCCAGCUCGUCUCCGGCGGUAUCCCCGAGAUGACCCAGGCUUGCUGCGACAACAUCAAGGCUAUUGUUGAGGCGGCUGGUUCGAGCGUGGAGAAGAUUUUCAAGGUUAAUGUCUUCCUCGACGACAUGGACAACUUCGCCGCCAUGAACGCUACCUACGAGAAGUUCUUCACCCACAAGCCUGCCCGUAGCUGUGUGGCUGUUAAGCAGCUGCCUAAGGGUGUGCCGGUUGAGAUUGAGUGCAUUGCGCUGCAGUAGAUAUAUAUAUGCUGUUAGUUCGUGGAUUGGAAUCUUCAAAAUGAAAUAAGAAUUAAGUGAUGAUGAUAUAUUGGUUUAUUUAUCUCGUUCUGGGGGUUG